UUGCCACUUUUCAACUCCGAGGCGGAUGCCAGACAUCCUCCGUAAUGGUUUCCGCCUGUAAGAAAAUGCAUUUUCAUGUCGGAAUGGUAGAAUUUCGAAUGGAGGAAGUUGUGAUUCAUGUAAGCCUCCUUUCGGCUGCCGUCCGAAUGGGUGAAAAAAUAGGGGAUGGUGGGAUUAUCUUAUUCGGUGUGUAGAAUGAAGUGUGCUAGAGAAGAAAAUUCGAUUGGGAUGGUGAAGUUGGGAAUUAUGUAAUGGUUAUUCGCUUUUAGGGGAGUUACGGCUUCCGGUUGCGUAUUCCAAGUUCCGCUGGCAACGGCAACUUUCCCUCGGAAGAUGUAACUUGCUUUUUCCAUCGAAGCACUCCACUUCUUUGUUGUUAUGUAAGCGUUUCGCCUUUCGGUCUGUCUGUCACUUUAAUCCAAAAAACUUGCAUUGAGAACAUCUCCACAGAAUCGUUUAUUUUGGUAGCAAAGAAUUAAGGGUGUCGCUGCGGAAGUUGUUCCAGGAUUUGCACAAACAGAGUUUAGAGCCAAUAUAGACAACAAAAAUCGGCUCUCCCACUUCAAUCUGCAAGGAGAUUAUUCUCAAAGAAACCCCCUCACCUCACUGCUAGAAAAUAGCCCUUUGUCCGCAAAAAAUCGGACCUGUUUUUCCCAUUUCCAAGGGAGGUUUAAUCUGGAGAAUGGGGUUUUGGUUGAAGCGAAAAGAGCCAACAAAUCCAUAUAGCCACAAGCCACAAACCAGUGUAAUACUGUGCAAAAGAAUCGAAAUAACAAAAAAACCUCCGAGAUUCACGCAGAGAGCAAACUCAGAUUCAGAAAAAGCGCGCUUAGCUAGCUGCAAGAACCACCGCAUCCAACAACAAGAACAGCAACAAGGAUCGAAGAUAGAGCGGAGCUGAUUGCUGCUGUUCGGAAGCUGCAGCUGGACUAGGCCGGAAAGAGUACGGAACACGGGAGCAGAUCGCCAUCGGACAGAAAUCCCGCCCAACUGUCCGGAGCGGUUACUGACUGAGAUCACCCCACUCCUUCCGGGGUUGCAAAAAACCGAUCGAUGCAGGACGACGAUUCACGUUCAUCCAGCGGUCGCGAUAAAUAUCGCGACGAGCAUCGUCAUCGCAGUCGUGAUCAUGACCGGGAACGGGACCGUGACAGGGAUCGGGAUCGUCGUGAUCGGUACCGAGACAGAAGUCGCGAACGGCGACGCGAUGACAAUCAUCGAGAUGAUCGAGGUUAUCGAUCGGAGCGAUACCGUGAUAAGAAAAACCGCGAUCGUUCCCAUCGGGAUCGAAACGAUAGAGAUCGGGACUACCGCAGAAGCAGUAGACGGGAUCGCAGCAGAAGUCGAAGUCGCGAUCGCCGGCGAAAAAGUCGUUCACGAUCACGCGAUCGUCAUCGGAAUGGAUCACGUUCCCGUGAGGGAAGCACUUAUUCCAAGGAUCGUGAACGCAAUCGAAGAGAUCUUUCGAUUGAAAUAGAACAGGAGUUGCAAAAUUUAAGGAAACUAUCGGAUAUGAAAGCAGCAGCCAAUGCAAAGGCGCAAGAAUUGAAUAGCGGUGAAACUGGAUCUGAGUCAAAAUCUAUGGAUGCAGAGAAUUCAAACAGCAAUAGCUCAAAGGUGGUUGAUCAGGAGGAACCGAAAAGUAGUAUUAGCAAAUUCUUCAGUGCGAGUGGUAACAGCUCGAAAACGGAAUACGUUCCGGAAAUACAAACCGAAGAAGAGCGAAUCGAGUUCCAGAAGAAGAUGCAGGAAAAAUUGCAGGCGCAUCUUGCUGCCGAGGGAAAACUCUAUCCCAAACCGAAGCCUACACCUGCAAUUAACACUGCCACAGGAUUUGCAAACGACGGGUCGUUUUUGGAGAUGUUUAAGAAAAUGCAAGAACAAGCUCAAAUGAGUGGCGUUGCCACGACCGGUGAGGACAGUUACCCAAGCGCGACGCCGACAGUUCCCACAGUCGUGACAGCAACGGUGCCAGUAGUAGCUGUGGCCAGUUCGAGUCAUGUGCCAUCAUCGGCCCAGCUGAUAAAACCCCACCCAGUGCCGAUUUCGAUCGUUGGACGACGAAGAGGAGGCAAAAUUCUCAAAACUGGAGUAGUCAAAAAGCAGAAACCGAUGGAGGAAUCAUUCGCCGAAACUCCGAAUGACGCGUGGAAUCUCUAUCUGCAGGAGGUGAAAAAGUACAAGAAUGCGUCCUGUGAUGCCGAUUCCAAAACGCGACCAUUAGUCAAGUAGAGUUCGUGUCGAAGUUUAACUUAUCGUUAAUUUUAAGCGACAUAAUCGUGAAAUGAACGAGCGGAAUGAUUGCGACGAGUGCUUCAAUCGUGUUAUAUAUAAGUUUACCCAAUCGAUUAGUAAGGAUACUACUGAUAUGAAUUUUCUAUUUAGACUAAACACUAUUGGGAAAAAUGUCGAGGUUACACGUUCCUAAAAUGAAACGGAAAAAUUCGACCAUCACUUUAGUUAUAAAAUUCCAAUUGGUUGCCCUAGGUUUUAAGAUGUAUAGACAUGUACAACUUUUUCUGUCUGGUCAAAAUGCAUUUUCUUCAAUGAUUCAA